GCAUGUAUUUCUUUAACAGAUUUAAGCAUCUGGCGGAGAUAAGGACUAAUAAGUUCUUCGUACAUUCGCCGUGGCCAGACCAUUCAUAGACCAUCCAAAGAACGCAAACAUGGGACCCGGCUAGCUCGCUACAUCCCACACAGCUACCGACUACUAAUCGACUACCAACCCAACGGCUUACCUGAAUGAGAUAGUCGUGGACAAGCUCUACUCGCGUACCUGAUUUGAUUUGAUCUGAUCUGCAGUUCCAGCGCUUGUCGUGUCUUGCGUUGUCACGUCUUUCCUCUUUCCCUUAUUAAUAUCUACACAUGUGCCUCUUCUUAUCUUGUGCUGUCGAACUCAGUCCCAAGUUGUAUUUUCCCGUAUCCUACCUAAUCCGUCGUGCUAUCUUGUCUAUCUUGCCUAUCUUGCUAAAUUUCGAGAGUGCUGCCUCCCGACUGAUGAGCUUAUGCUAAGUAUCUGAGUAAUCUUCAAACAUGGUUGUGGUCGACAACUACGAAUACCUCACCGAGGAGGAGAAGCGUCUCAAGGAGGACGGUAAUCGAAUCAAAUACUGGAAGAAAUGGGGACCUUAUGUCGCUGAACGACAGUGGGCUACAGUGAGAGAGGACUACAGUGCAGAUGGUGAUGCUUGGAGCCAUUUCACUCAUGAUGACGCACGAUCUCGAGCUUUCCGCUGGGGUGAAGAUGGUAUAGCUGGAGUGUCAGAUACUCAUGGGCUGCAGAACAUCGCCUUUGCUUUCUGGAACGAGCAAGAUCCUUUCCUCAAAGAACGAUUGUUUGGUCUUGCAAACCCCCAAGGCAACCAUGGUGAAAGUAUCAAAGAAGCUCAUUUUCACCUUGAUAACACACCUCACUCCUAUAUGAAAUACCUCUAUAAAUACCCGCAAAGAGCAUUUCCAUACAAAGACCUCUUAGAUACGAAUGCCAAGAGAACGAAAACCGAGAAGGAGUAUCAGAUCAUUGAUACUGGCAUAUUUGACGAGGACAGAUAUUGGGAUAUUAUUAUUGAGACUGCGAAGGAGGCAGACGACCCUGAUGAGCUCCUCUUCCGGGUCACAGCAUGGAAUCGAGGACCGGAACCGGCUCCUCUUCAUAUCAUCCCUCAUGUAUGGUUCCGAAACACUUGGGCCUGGGGAAGGGAGACUAUAGACAAGAAACCGUCUAUCUCGGAGUAUUCCGAGAACAUGGCCAGGUCGAAGCACUGGAAGCUAGGCAACCGAUACCUGUUAUUGUCACCCUCGCCGGGUGUGGGAACUAGCGGAGAAGAUGUGCAGCCCGAGCUCAUCUACACCGAUAAUGACACCAACUAUGAGCUUCUAUACGGAGGAGAGAACAAGGUUCCUUAUGUCAAGGACGCAUUCCACAACUACAUUGUCGAUGGCAAGAAGGAGGCCGUAAACCCAGCUAGGAUAGGCACCAAAUGUGCGGCCUGGUUCCAAUUCAACGAAUCAGGGGGUGUCGCUCCCGGUGAAUGCGCCGUUGUUCGUUUCCGAUUUUCAAGAAAGAACGAGACCUAUCUAGACGAAGAGAUUUUUGACGAUAUCGUUGAAAAAAGACGAGAAGAAGCAGAUGAAUUCUACUACAGGAUAAGUCCUUUACCGAUGUCCGAAGAUCUUCGUAACAUCCAACGCCAGGCCUUUUCGGGCAUGAUGUGGUGUAAGCAAUACUACCAGUUCAUAUGGGACCAAUGGGCCAACGGCGACCCUGCUCAACCACCGCCACCACCCGAGAGGAAGGCCAUCAGAAACUCGGAAUGGAGACACCUAUAUAUUGAUGACAUCUUGUCUAUGCCGGAUUCGUGGGAGUAUCCCUUCUUCGCAGCCUGGGAUUCCGCAUUUCACUGCAUACCGCUGGCUAUGAUCGACCCAGAAUUUGCGAAGAAGCAGAUUGACCUCUUCACCAGGGAAUGGUAUUGCCAUCCAAAUGGCCAGCUUCCUGCAUAUGAAUGGAACUUUGGUGAUGUGAACCCUCCGGUUCAUGCUUGGGCUACUUUCCGGGUCUUCAAGAUUGAGCGAAAGCUAUAUGGAAGACAAGACAUUGACUUUCUUGAGAGGGUAUUCCAAAAGCUGCUAUUGAACUUCACCUGGUGGGUCAACCGAAAGGAUAUGGACGGCAAAAAUGUCUUCGAGGGAGGUUUCCUCGGUCUAGACAACAUCGGCCUCUUUAAUCGCUCCGAGCCCUUGCCAACAGGAGGUGUUCUUGAGCAAGCAGACAGCACGGGAUGGAUGGCGUUCUAUUCGCUAUGCAUGUUAAAUAUUGCCCUCGAGCUGGCAAAACAUCGACGGAUUUACGAGGAUAUCGCCUCGAAGUUCUUCGAACAUUUCAUAUUUAUCAGCGAUGCCAUGACCUUCAAACACGGCGACAAGGACGAAAAGUCCUUAUGGAACGACGAAGACGGUUUCUAUUACGAUGCAAUUUCCUGGGGUGGGCCGUGGAUUCAACAACUACCCGUCCGAUCUUUGGUCGGCCUGAUUCCUUUGUACGCAACCCUAACUUUAGAGCCGGAACUGAUCAACAAACUGCCGUCUUUCAAAAAGCGUGUGGAUUGGUUCAUGGAGAACCGAUGCGACUUGGCAGAAAGAAAUAUGGCAAGUAUCCGGAAGAGGGGCAAGGGUAACCGAAUCCUCCUUUCGAUGGUAAGCAAAGAUAGGCUGGAGAAGAUCUUAAAGCGUAUGCUCGACGAAGAUGAGUUCUUCAGCGAACAUGGCAUUCGAUCACUUUCGAGAUAUCAUAAAGAUAACCCAUAUUCCAUGGACGUGAAUGGUCAAAAGUUCACAGUAGGAUACGUACCAGGAGACUCAGACAGUGGUCUAUUUGGUGGCAAUAGCAACUGGAGAGGACCUAUUUGGCUCUGUGUUAACUUCCUUCUCGUGGAAUCCCUGCAGCGAUUCUACCUAUUCUACGGACCUAAUUUCCAAGUAGAAUGCCCUACCGGAUCCGGGGAAUACAUGCAUCUUGGACACGUCUCCGAAGAGAUCCAGCACCGUCUGCAACACUUGUUCGCCCGUGGCGAUGACGGACGUCGGAGCAUCAACGCCGGGAACGAUACAUUGGACUUCGACCCAAACUGGAAAGACUACAUGUGGUUCCACGAGUUCUUCGACGGCGACACUGGUCGUGGGUUGGGAGCAACGCACCAAUGCGGCUGGACUGGGCUGAUCGCCCGCAUGAUCCACGACACCGGUAUGAGCUGUCGUCUCCCGCAAACACCACGCACCCCAACAGUGGGCAUGGCACAUUACUUCGACGACGUCUUCCACCGGCACGUCGGAGUGGCGAACGGCUCGUCUAGGCCGCAUAAGGGCCAUAUGCGCCGGUCUUCGACGGCAAGGUCCAUUAGCGCCAGAAGCGAUUUCGAUGCGUCGGUCAAUGGCGAAGAGUUCGAUGUCCGCAGCGAGGCACCGGAUGACCCGGAGCGACAGGCCGCGAGGCGGGAGGCAGAUGAGCAUUUGAAGAAUUAUGUCUCGGAGCAGUUGCAGAGGGUCAAGGACCAUGAUGAUGCGUUUGGUAGGUAUGCUGACGUAGAUGAAUAUGAGACGCAGGUUUAAGGGGUGUUGUGUUAGGGAUCUGGGGUUCAGGGGGGAGAGCUUAGACAGAAGGGUUGGCUCCAACAGAGUGGAAUGGAAGAGGGCCUAGAGGACAGAAGAGAAGAGAAGAGACCUGACUUGCUUGCUUGAAGAGCCUAGAGGAUACACAGGCGGAUAUACAUUGGUAGGCUGCAUACAGAUACAAGUACAGAUAAAUGGUAGAAGGAAUACGAGAUUACGAACUUAAUGAGAUUAUAGAUGAUUG